AUGAAAGGUUCCAGCGACAGAGAAGCAGAGAUUGCAGCCAUGAACAGAGAAGCAGACUGUGCCCUCAAAUGGGUAUUACUCACCUUACUGUCUCUGAUCCUACAGGUGACUGAUGGCAAAGCAGCACAGGAUGUAGGAAACCAGAGUGUUGUGGAGGAAUUCAUCCUGCUGGGGGUGUCUGACCAACCACGGUUGGAGCUGCUGCUGUUUGUGCUCAUCUUAAUCUGUUACAUUGUGGCACUGUUUGGGAAUGUCACCAUCAUUGUCCUCUCCCGGCUGGACCCCCGUCUCCACACGCCCAUGUACUUCUUCCUUAGCAACCUCUCCUUCCUUGACAUAUGCUAUACCACCAGCGUUGGCCCCCAGGUGCUGGUGAACUUGCACAGCACUCACAAGUCCAUCUCCUGGGCCGGCUGCAUGGUCCAGCUCUUCAUCUCCCUUGCCCUGGGAUCCACUGAAUGCAUGCUGUUGGCGGUCAUGGCUUAUGACCGCUAUGCAGCUGUCUGCCACCCUCUGCGCUACAUGACCAUCAUGAGCCGCCCCCUCUGCCUGCUCUUGGCUACGGGCUCUUGGCUCAGUGGCAUGGUUAAUUCCCUGGCACAGACCGUGAUGACUAUGCAGCUGCCUCUGUGUGGACAGAAUCAUAUUGACCAUUUCUUCUGUGAGGAGCCAGCCCUAUUCAAGUUGGCCUGCGUUGACACCUCCUUCAUGGAGACUGAGGUCUUCUCAGUAAGUGUGUUCGUCCUAGUGGUGCCUGUGAGCCUCAUCCUGGUCUCCUACAGCUACAUUGCUGCUGCCGUGCUGAGGAUCCGCUCGGCUGAGGGCAGGCGCAAGGCCUUUAACACCUGUGCCUCCCACUUGGCUGUAGUGUCACUUUUUUAUGGAACAGGCAUAUAUGUCUACCUGCAGCCCCAGUCCAGGGGCCAGGGAAAGAUUAUCUCCCUCUUCUACACAUUGGUCACCCCCAUGCUGAACCCUCUGAUCUACACGCUGAGGAACAAGGAAGUACACAGGGCCCUGCGGAAGGUUUUGGGAAGAAACCCAAUAUCCAAGGCUUGGGGCUAG